AUGUCUGACGAAAAUAAACAAUCAUUUAAUCUUGAAGAUGAAUCAGAAUUAAACGUAAAUGAUAAUGAUGUAUUUCAUAUAGAUGAAGAAGAUAAUGUAAAAAAUCAUGACAAUCAAUGGAUUAAUGAAUUACGUUUAGCACUUGAACGUGGAUGUGAUUUAGGAUCAAUAAGAUCUAUUGGAAAAUGUCGACCAUUGACAGAUGAUUUACGUUUAGCAGUUUGGAAAACUUGUCUUGAUAUCAAUGAUGUUAAUGAAUAUGAUUAUAUUGAUAGUGAUGUAUUUGAUUUACCUGAACAAAGUCUAAUACGUGAAGAUGUUGUACGUUUAGUGCGUUCAUUAAAAAUAAAUCAAGAUGUUGAAGCAUCAAAAAUGAGUGAUAUUGAAGCAGUUAUAACAUUCUAUUGCAAAAAAUAUAAUGAAAAUUAUGCAAAAGGAAAUGGAUGGAUUGAUAUAUUAAAACCAUUGAUUACACUAGAAUAUAAAGAUCGAGCUGAACUCUAUGAAUUAUUUGCUAAUAUUCGUAAUCGUUAUAUUUCUCGUUGUUGUGAAGCUAAUGGAACACCUUAUCAUUUAUUUCGAUUAUUAUUACUUUAUCAUGAUCCAGAAUUAUGCAGUUUUUUUGAUACUAAAAAAAUUACACCAGAUUCAUAUGCAUAUAUUUGGGUUCGAAGUUUGUAUGCAGGAUCAUGUUCAUUAGAUGUUAUACUUCAUCUUUGGGAUGGAUAUUUUCAACAUGCUGAUCAAUUUUUUAUUUUUUUUCUUGCUCUUGUAUUACUUAUGUUUGCUAAAGAAAAAAUGUUCGAAAUGGCUGGUAAAGAAAAAGAUGAAAUUAUUACUUUUCUAUCUAAAGCACCAUCAAAUUUAACUAUUGCUGAUCUUGAAGAUUUUUGUUCAUUAGCUAAUCAUUAUGCUUCUAAUACACCUCAAUCAUUCCGAAAAGAAUUUUAUUCAUGUUUAUUUGAUGAAACCGAUAGUUCGAUUUCUCAAAAAGCAUCUUCAAUUUAUCAAACAUUAUGUUUACCUGUUUCAGCUAAAGAAUUACUUCAAGCAAAUCAAUUGGGCGGAACAGCAGGUGUCAGAUAUUUUAUUGUCGAUUGUCGACCAGCUGAACAAUACAAUUCUAAACAUCUUUAUACAGCAUUUCAUCUUGAUUCAAAUCUUUUACUCGAAGAUCCAAAAGAAUUUGGUGGAACUGUUGAUGCUCUUCUUGCUGCACAAAAACAUGCAAUUGAAGCUGGAUCAACAGCGGGAGGUGAACAUUUAUGUUUUAUGGGUUCUGGUCGUGAUGAAGAAGAUAAAUAUGUUCGUAUGGUUGUUGCUUAUUUUCUUCGACGAAAUAUUAAAUAUGUUAGUAUUGCAUCCGGAGGUUAUAGAGUUCUUGCUAAAGCAAUCGAAGAUCCAUCAAUGAUAACUAAAGCAAAACCAAAUACAACAAAACAUGAUGAAACAUCUAUUGGAUCAACAAUUAAACAUAAUAUAGUAGAAAAAUUACCUGUUAUUAAUACACAAACAACUGCAUUUAUUAAUAUGAUAUCAAGUGCUGUUAAAACUAAAUCAUUAGAAGUAAGAGAUAAAGUUAAAGAUUAUAUAACAAACACAUCAUUAACUGAAUCAACUCAUCCAGUAACCAAACAUGUUAGUAAAGAAGAUAAAAUUGAUAAACUUUAUCGACAAAAAAAUCAAACAUCAGUUUUUUCACUCGAUGGUGAUGAUGAUGAUGAUGAACACGCAUCAUCAUCAAAACAACAUGAUGCACCUGAAUUAGUUGAUAUUGAAUCAUGGUUUCUACGUAAUGAUAUGUUAUAUAAAUAUGAAUGUGAACAUUUUGAUGAACAUAAUCGAACACAUCCAAGUCUUCUAUUGGUUUCAUCAACACAUUUAUAUAUUUUACGAAAAUUACCUGAACAUAAAACAAUGGCAAAUCUUAUAUGUCGUCGUCCAAUAGACACAAUAACAAAAAUAACAAGUAAAAAACAUUUUCCUGAAAUAAUAACAUUUCGUUAUGGACCAAAACAAAAUGAACAAGAAGAAAAAUCGAAAAUGAAAACAGAAGUUCCUAUGGAAUUUGAUAGAGUUUAUUUACCUGAUGCUGGUGAUGCAACAAAAAAUAUUAAAUUAUUAAUUAUAAAAACAUUAAAUAUGUUUGAUAAUCUAGAUGAACCUGUAUCAAGUUGA